UUCAAAGCAAAUGUGUGUAGUGUGGCGUGUGCAUAUUGUGCAAAGAAGUGCUAAUCAAAACACAAAUAUCGGACGCACGGGAUUUUACCCUUUCUUGAUUUAUCUGUUUGGAAGAUACGGUCGCGCAUUCGAAAUUUUCCUCCACGGCUUUCAUUAUUUACUCGGCCCGGCGGAAUCGAAAUCGUCGCGAGUUCGAGGGGUGCGUAAUUGUUAAGAUUCCCAUAGUUCUUCCGGCGAGUUUUUGUUGAUCCAGCAAGCGGAGGAGAUGGCCAACAGUGUAAGGCCGGACAAUUGGCGAGACGUUAUCGCGGCCCGUCUGCGGGAACGCAAUAGGAAUGAGACCUCGCGUUAUGCCGAUAUCAUACUAUACAACAACCGCCUGUUCGAUACGGCCGCAAAGCUGCGGCAAGAGAAUCUAGAGCUUAAAAUCGACAAAAAGAUUCGCGACAGCACCGGAAGCACCGCGGGCUCGGAUCUGGCCGCCAUCACCAACGCCCAAAUUCAGUCACUGGAGAAGAAAAUUCUCGCCCAGCAGGAAGAGCUGACCGAUCUGCACAAACGCAAAGGCGAACACUCGCAACUGAUCAUCAAUCUCAACCAGAAACUCACGGAACUGCAACGAACCCUUGCCGAGAAGGUGCAGGCCCUCGCGGAACAAGGUGCCAUGAAUGUGGCGCUCCGGGAAGAGCUGGACGAGCUCAAAGUCAAUCACAUCACGGUCAAGGAUGAAUCGCUGGCCUUGCAGCUGCGGGCGAACACGGCGGAAGAGAAGCUCCGCACGAUACAAGAUGAGAACAACAAACUGUUGAAUCUGCUGAUGGAGUACAAGUGCCGGGAUGCCGAUAUCAUGAACAAGGAGAACGAUAGAUUUAUUAAGGAGAAGAAAGCUCGGAUCGAAAGUGAGUUGGAGCGAGCAAUUAGAGAUAUUCCCGGACCAUCGUCGCUGUGUGGAAUGGGUGACAUGGAUCGGUUCGAUUUCGGCUCCGACGGACCACCCGAGGGUAUAGAGUUUAAGUUUGACGCCCAUGACGGUGAGGUGAAUGCGGUUCGCUGGAGUCCGAUCGAAAGAGUUGUGGCUACGGGUGGUGCUGACAGGAAGGUAAAGAUGUGGGAUGUUAGCAAAGGAGUCUGUGAACCGCGCGGUUCGUUGGUAGGCAGUAACCAGGGGAUAAAUUCGGUGGAGUUUGAUACUACCGGUUCUUUCCUAUUGGCUGCGUCGAAUGACUUUGCUAGUCGCGUGUGGACUGUGUGCGAUCAACGGUUAAGGCACACGCUGACCGGUCACAGCGGGAAAGUGCUGGCGGCAAAAUUCCUCGGUUCGGCCUUUGUAGUCACUGGUAGUCACGAUCGCACGCUUAAGAUCUGGGACCUCAAGAAUCGUUCCUGUACGGAGACCAAAUUCGCGGGUUCCAGUUGCAACGAUUUGGUUACGACGGACAGUUUUUCGGUGAUUAGUGGCCACUUCGAUAAGAAGAUCCGCUUCUGGGACACUCGGACGGCGGACUGCACCGCCAACGAUAUAUCGCUGCAGGGCAAGAUCACAUCGCUGGACCUGUCGAAGGAUGCCAAGUUUCUGCUCUGCUGCGUCCGGGACGACACAAUCAAUAUGCUCGAUUUGCGCAAUAACAAGAUCAUCCGAACGUUCAGCGCGGACAAUUUCAAAGUGGGAUGUGACUGGGCCAGGGUGGCAUUUAGCCCGACUUGUCAACGACUGGCCGCUGGUGCUUCCGAUGGUUCCGUGUACAUUUGGAACGUUAAUGGUCCGCUGGAGACGGUGUUGAAAGAUCCCAACGGAAGUGGGGCCGCCGUAACCGCCGUCAGCUGGCACCCGUUCAGCUCCGUCCUGGCAUCGGUGGACCGGGCCAAAAAGUGCACAAUCUGGUCCAACGCCUAACGAUCUGCGACCAGCGUCUCGCCCGACCGGUCUCGAUGAUUCCGUUCCUAUCCCCGGGGCUCUUGUGCCAAUAUCAUCUUGCCCGCGGAUAGAGCUCUGCUGCCUUCACGACGGAUUUGCAUCGCACGAUGAUGAUGAUGAUGAUAUGACAGUGAGCCGAAUGACGACGACGACGACGACGAUUAUUAUUCUCUACAAGACGACGAUGCGCAAUUGGUGAGAUGUAUUUUUCUACGGGGUGAGCAAAUCUCGCAGUUUAUGUGCAGCGUUUGUGUUUGUUUGUACUCGUGAUUCCAUGAUGCUACCUUUUCUUAAGUUUUUUUCUCAUUUUUUCUUCUGUUUUAAGUUUUCAAAAUCGCCGAAAUUGUUAGGCUAAUAUAUGUUUGCUAAUGUUUACCAGUUUAUACGAAAAAAUUAAAAAUAAAAAACAAAUGUAAUUACGCAGUUCUGCCGUCAAGAGCUGAGUUCAAC